AUGCCUGUCAGCCAGGAAGUACUGGACGAGAUCGCCCUCACGCGCUCUGAAUACGACCUUAUCGUGGAGCGUCUGGGCAGGGAACCCAAUUCUGUCGAGUUGGGAAUGUUCGGGGCGCUGUGGAGCGAGCACUGCGGCUACAAGCACUCGCGGCCACUGCUGCGGAUGUUCAGUCACACCUCGCCAGUGGUACUUUCCGAGACCGGCGCGGAGAACGCCGGCGCUGUUGAUAUUGGCGAUGGGCUAGCCGUGGUGUUCAAGGUGGAGUCGCACAACCACCCCUCAGCGGUGGAGCCGUUCCAGGGAGCGGCCACGGGUGUAGGCGGCAUCGUGCGGGACAUACUGGCCAUGGGUGCCCGCCCUGUUGCGCUUCUCAACUCGUUGCGCUUCGGCCCGCUGGACGACACUGAACAGGGUGCGGUAAACCGGCACCUGUUCGGCGGAGUGGUGCGCGGUAUCUCGUGGUACGGCAAUUGCAUCGGGGUUCCGGAUGUUGGCGGCGAGAUCUACUUUGACCCUUCCUAUUCGCACAACCCGCUGGUCAACGCCAUGUGCGUCGGCCUGAUCAGCAAAGACCGCUUGGCCUCGGCGGCGGCGCGGGUUCCGGGCAGCGUGCUGCUGUUGGCAGGGGCUGACACGUGGCGCGACGGUAUCCACGGUGCAUCCGGCCUGGCGUCGAGGACGUUUGAGGAGGAGGAGGAGCUGCGCCCAACGGUGCAGGUGGGCAAUCCGUUCCUGGAAAAGGUAUUGAUAGAGGCCUGCCUUGAGGCACUGGACACAGGAGCGGUGCUGGCAAUCCAGGACCUGGGUGCCGCGGGACUGACCAGUGCGUCGAUUGAGUCGGCAGCCAGGGCUGGGCGCGGUAUUCGGCUGGACCUGUCGGAAGUACACCGGCGUGAAACUGGCAUGAACGCCUACGAGGUGAUGCUUUCGGAGUCGCAGGAACGGAUGCUGCUGGUGGCCCUGCCGGAACGGGUGGACGAGGUGCGGGCGGUCUUCGAGCGGUGGGACGUGGACUGUCGGGAGAUCGGCAGCGUUAUCGUCGAACCGGAGGCGCGGAUUUUCGACGGAGCCGCGUCGGUGGCGCACCUGCCUAUCCAGCCGUUGUCAGAGGCGCCGGCGUAUCGCCUGGAGGGCAAGCCAUCGUCGGAAGACCUGGCCCGACGCGAGAAGUCGCUGAUCGACGUGCCAUUGCCGGAGUGCGGGCCGGCGGAGACGCUGCUGCGGCUGCUUGGAUCGUCGAACAUUGCCAGCAAACGUUCGGUCUACCGGCAAUAUGACCACCAGGUGCAGACCAACACCAUGAUCGGUCCGGGCGGCAGCGAUGCCGCGGUGCUCCGGGUGAAGGGUACCAGCAAGGCCAUUGCCCUGGCUGUUGACGGCAACGGCCGGCAUUGCUUCCUCGAUCCCUUCGUUGGCGGGCAGAUAGCGGUGGCCGAGGUGUGCCGCAACAUCAGCUGCACCGGCGCGCGGCCCUUGGCAUUGACUGACUGCCUGAACUUCGGCAACCCGCUUCGACCCGAUAUCUACUACCAGCUCGAGGAGUGCAUCCGGGGGAUGGCGCUGGCCAGCGAGACGCUGGACGCCCCGGUGGUCAGUGGCAACGUCAGCCUGUUCAACGAAACGCAAGGGCAGGCGGUCCACCCCACGCCGGUGGUCGGCGCGCUGGGCCUGCUGGAGGACGCCAGCAAGGCAGUGGGGGCGGGCUUUCCGGUUGAGGGAUUGGCGGUAAUGCUGCUGGGCCACGGCUUAGGAAUUGCCUCCAGCCAAGACAUGGCGGGCAGCGAGUACUUGAGCGUGAUGCACGGGCUGACAGCAGGCCAGCCUCAUAUCGACCUCGAGCUCGAGAGGCGAGUGCAGGAGACUUGCCGGGAGGGAGUCAAGCAAGGGCUGGUGCUUUCUGCCCACGACUGCUCAGACGGCGGGCUGGCGGUGGCGCUGGCCGAGUGCUGCAUCCUGGGCGGCGUCGGUUUUCGAUUCCAAGGCACGCUGGACGGUCUAUCGCGGUGGGAUGCCGCCCUGUUUGGGGAAAGGCAGUCCCGCGUCGUCGUCGCAGUGCAUCGGGAACGGAUGCACCUGUUGGAGGACUUGGCCAAGGCCACCGGGGCUCCCGUUUCUCUGCUGGGAUACACAGGUGGGGACUCUUUACAGAUUGCCAGCCGCAAUGAGGACGGAACCGACACGGGAGACGGGGUAGACGUCCCGGUCUCGCGCCUGGCCGGGAUCUGGACCCAAUCACUGGAGGCGGCCAGUGCGUAG